UCAAAAGCAGAGGAAACGCGUUCUCGUUGUCAUUUCGAGAUCUCCCCGCCGAAGGAACAGACGCCAACUCGAAUAGACUUACAAUCGAAAAGAAAGUGGAAUUGUAGUCAUGAAAGCAUUCAGAAGGCCUAUUCUGAAAGCUACAUGCUGACAGUGUCCAACUGUCCUAAGAAGCUGCCUGUAUUCCUGUCUUGAAUGGAAACUGGCCGGUAUUCCCUGCUCGAGAGUUCCAGGUUUUCGCUAAUAGAUUUUUAUCCGGAAGUCGGUAAUCUUAUCUCAAGGCUCUUUGAAGAACUACUCAUCCAAGGUAUACUGCCUUAUUGAUUUGCGACAGUCAUCCAGAGUUCCGGAAAACCGAAAGUGCAUCUUUAUCUUCAGAGAAAGGCUAUACGGGAAACAUGACCAUUACAGAUUUAGACCGAGAUAUGGGAGUCGAACUGAACGUCACUCCUCUUUUGGAGGGAUCGGAAGACGAUAUGGAGAAUUCGGUGCACCAGCGUCGACCCAGCGUUCACGUCAUUGGUGAAAAAUACCAGCGGCCGUUGCCAGAUGGAAGUCAAGUUUCAUUCGGUCGUGGUAGCCCUUUGGGGAGACUAAAGCAAGCAGUCUCAAAGGUUCUUCGAAAUGUAACUCUAGAGCCCAUGCUCUUCAUGAAGAUGCUGGCCGAGAGUAAUGCAGGAGUAGUGGCAGACACCUUAGAAAUUGACAGAGUGUGUCGAGUCAACCUCAACUAUACAGAAGAAGAAUGCAGGAACAUGGAUGAUGGCAACCACACGACGAUACAGACAGAAGUCCAGAAGUACCAGAAUAUGUUCAACUAUUAUCAAAAUCUAAUGGACAGUAUACUACCACUUAUCAUUGUGGUAUUGAUAGGGUCAUUGACUGACAAGUAUGGUCGAAAACCUCCAAUGCUUGGAGUCUUGGCAGGGUUUGUUGGUUGGUCAGUGGUAUAUAUUCUAACAGCUCUUAAUCCUUCAUGGCCAGUUGAGGUACUUUUGGGGGCCACACUUUGUGGUGAUAUAAUGGGAACCUGGGUGGUGUUUAACAUGGCUGUAUAUAGUUACAUGGCAGACAUUACUACACCUGAGACACGCACAAAAAGAAUGGGAUUUUUAGAUGUAGUGUGGUAUAUAGGGGGCCCUCUAGGUCGCUUGAUGGGAGGGUGGUUAUAUCGUUGGACAAACUGCAUAGUAGUGUUCGCGGUAUCAGGAGCCCUUUGGACAUUAUGCUUCUUGUAUGUCUUGUUUUUGGUUAAAGAAAGUGUAAACCCAUUAGCCAGCUCGUCAGAUCCUGAAGAUGAAAGGUGUUCCAAUUGGGGUCCUUUGAAACCUGUUUUUAUCCUGUUCAAUACUGGAUUUAAAAAGAGGCCAGGAAAUCGGCGCUCACUGUUAUUUUAUCUCUUAAUGCUAAAGUUAAUGGUCUUCUUAAUUCAGGGCCAUCAAAUGUACCUUUGGGCAAGGCGUGUUUUGCAGUGGGGCCCCACAGAGUUCUCAACAUGGUCAAGUAUUGAUUCCACUAUACAUAUGUCAGGAACAGUUGUCUGGUUAUUGAUUGCAAGUCAUUUUAAACUCCAUGAAACUAUUGUUGCUAUUGGGGGCAUCAUAUCGCAGGGUUUUUGGUGUGGUUUGUUAGCUUGUAUUUCUGGACCUGGACUUUGGUGGUUAGUCAUAGUGGCUUCUGUGAUUGGCAUGUUUGAAGAAACUAUUGAACCAGCGAUUCGCACCAUGCUUACAGUAGUUGUGGAUGAGAAUGAAAAAGGAAAAAUACUUGCGCUCAAUGGCCUCCUAGAAUCAGCUUGGUUAGCUGCCGACCGUUCCAUGUACACUGCCCUGUACAACACAUUCGUCGAGGUUUUCCCUCAGAUCAACUUUGUGGUACAAGCAGGCAUCUGUGUCAUCUUGGUAUUGGUAUUUUCGUAUCUUUACAUUUUGUUCAAAAGACAGCCCCUCACAGCACCAAGUAUUGAAAAUUUCCAAAAUAUUGUAGACACUGAUGCAUGCGAAACUGUUGAAGAGCAAGGAAGUGGUCGAACUGGUGUGUAUUAACUCAUUUUUACAGUAUGUGUAACCAUUUUUUUGAAUAAUUUGGUGACAGAUGUAUUUCAUUAUAUCAAGAUAAAUAUAAAAUAUAAUUUAUGAUUUCUAGAGAAGAUAGCAGCCAUUUUAAAGUUUGAACCCAGUUUGUAUAUCUGGUUGGGGUGAAUUUCACUGCAUUUAGUCAGUUAUUUUGCUGUAGUUCUGAACUUUGCAAUUAAAAAUAAAUAAAACAUGAUUCACCAAUUUGUAAAUUUGCUAGUGAUAUGGCCAGUAUUCUUUUACCUUCUUGUAUUUUCUUGUUGCAUUCCAUUCACAUUGAAUUGAGUAUUUUUUAAUAAUGUAUAGUGUACACUGCACAUCACAGUUUCUAAUAAAAUUAGAUUGAAGAUUGUUUAUAGGUUUAGCAUGUUAUUUGUGAAGAAGUAUUUAUGACAGAGAUAGAAAAACUGUUCGCAGGUUAAGAACUUAAUAUAUUUUUGAAUAUUUAUAAGCUGACAAUAUAUGUAUACUGGAAAUUAUAAACAUAAAGCAUGUGAUUGUAUUUCAAAAUUAUAGAAAGCAAUAAGUAAACCCAUAUUUUUUUAUGUAGGGUUAGUGAUAUACUGUAUUAAUGCAACAACAAAGUUUGCAUUCUUAUACUGUAGAGAUAUACAAAAAAUGUAGUUUUAGAAGGUACAGCAUUUUGGCAAAAAAGUUCAUGUGUUCUACUCGCUGAAUGAUUAUUAAUAAAAUAUAUAAAUAUAGCAUAGUAAAAACAAUCAUAUUUGAAAUUUUAUAUACCAUUAAAUUUUUAAGUUAAUUAAAGAUAAAGGGAACUAGAUAUUUAAGUAGUAGCACAUAUUCAUUUUUCCACAGUAUCUUCAUUUUCCCCACAUACAUUCAAGUUAAGGAAACUUACAUUUGUUUGUUGGAUUUAUUUAAAGAAGUGAAAAAAGGUUAUGACUGCAAGUCAGCUUACAAAAUAUUUUAAAUUCCAUGGAAUGGGUCACAGAGUUUUUCUGCCAAUGACAUAACUAGGAUCUGCAUAUGCAAUUGAGAAAUACUUCUGUAUACAGUGCACAACAACAAGCAAAAUAAAUUGUAAUUAGUUAUCUCCAUAAA